AGCUAAGACUCAAAAACAGAGUGGACAUCUUUUUUCCUCUCCUUCUCCAGGAACAGUUUUGUGAAGGGUUGAAGACAUGGUAAUGAAGGAGAUCCUGAUCUUCCUGGCCAAUGUGGUGCUCUUAAAAGCUCAAGUCUGCACGGAAAUCCCUAACCCUGGAACCCUGGAACAGAUUCAUGCUGGCAAUGGAUUGGUAGUUGGUCUGGAGCCAACAGGCAAUGUUUUCAUGAUGAAUGGAGAAGACUGGCUCUAUCUGGCUGGAGGGAUGAAACAUGUAACUUCUGGAGUUGGUGGUAUAUGGAUGGUUGACAACAAUGACCAGAUCUAUCGGAUGAUAGGAGGCAAUCUGGAAAGAAUACCAGGGUCAUUUAAUCAGAUCAAUGCUGGAGGAGCUUUCUAUGUGGUUGGCAUUAACUCAGAAGGACAGGCCUCUUGCAUUUCUAGUUCUCAGCUAAACACAAUGAAAGCAGGCUCUCCUUUAACCUGGACCAAUAUGGAAGGAAGUCUGGGAUCCAUCACCUGUGGCUUAAACGGUUGUUGGGGUGUGAGCAGUGACAGUGAUGUGCAUUAUCGCCAUGGUGUCAAGCCAGAGAGGUGUGAAGGCACAACCUGGGAGCAUAUCCCUGGCAUUUACUCCAUGAUUGCUACUGGGAGUGAUGGAAGUGUCUUUGCUCUGAAAUCGGGGAAUACUUAUCGCAGGGAUGGAAUCACAACAGACAAAGUGACAGGAAGCAGAUGGGCAAGAGUUAAUGGCAUCACUGAGAAGGCCAAGCGCUUGACCUACGACUUGAAUAUUUUGUGGCUGAUCACCAUAGAUGACAAGAUUCUGCGUUGUCAGUUAUAGUAAAGCAUAUCUGCUGCCUUUUCCCAUCCUUGCAGACCUUCUGCUUAUUUACUCCUUCUUCUAAUUCAGCUCUAAGCUCAGGGGCAUAUGUGAAGCUCUUGUGCAAGCAUUUGUAGAAGUAGCAUCAGCAAUUUUAGCAGAAUGAAUCUAUUUGGAUUAAUGGAGAAUUUAUAGCUAGAUUCACACAGUGUCCUAAGUUGUGAUUUAUUACAUAAACCAGAGAUGUAAAGCCAUAAACUGGGGAGGGUGUGGGAGGCUUUGGAGCCAGAUAUCAUAUCUGAAAACCCUGGCUGUUGUUCCAGAACCUUAGUGAAAGUUUGAAUUGAAAUUAACAAUUGUCCUUUUUUGAUGUUAACAAAGGGGAAUGCUGUUAACUGCAGGAAGAAUACUUUUCGUUUAAUAAAUUU